AUGUACGAAACAUUCACGAUCAAGCACCGGAAGUUUACAGCAUAUAGGCCGCAAAUGAAUGAAGUCGUGGAAGCCACCAACAAGAACAUCAAGAAGAUAUUAAGGAAGAUGGUGUACAACUAUAAGCAAUGGCAUGAGAAGCUACCAUUUUCUCUGCUCAGGUACCGCACCACAGUUCACACGUCAACUGGGGCAACUCCAUAUCUACCGGUUUACGGUACUAAAGCCGUUAUACCCACCGAGGUGAAGAUUCCUUCCCUAAGAAUCAUACAUGAGGCCGAGCUCAGUGAUGCGGAAUGGAUACAAAGCUUGUAUGAGCAACUGGCUCUCAUUGAUGGUAAGAGGAUGAACACAGUGUGUCACGAUCAACUCUAUCGGAAUAGAAUGGCAAGGGCUUUCAAUAAGAAGCGAGACAAUUGUCUUCAUGUUUGGGGCCUGACUUAUCGUGUCGUGCGUGUUAUUGGAUCUGAGCAUUGGUCAUACAUGUUUGCGAGCUUUGGCAUUGGGCCUGUUCGAUAUGCAAUAGUAAGGCUGGUGAAGGCCCAGAAGGGCACUACUGGGUUACUUUGUACCUGUGCUGGACCUGUAAUUGUUGUGUUUGGGCAUGUAGUCGCCCUAUUAAGUUUGUAA